AUUCUGUCAUUUUAUCCUUGUCCGUGUGGCCGUGUGCCGUGUGUUUUUCGUGUAUUUGAUUCUUUAUUGUGAUAAAACUAGCCAUAAAUCAUAAAUUAAGUGAAAACUGUGUUAUCACCGAAUUAACUAUGGCUGAUACUGAUGCUGCAAACGGUCCCACGGGGGAUCAGCCUCAAGAAAAGACCGCAAAGCAGCUUGAAAAAGAAGCAAUCAAAGCUGCAAAGUUGGCAAAACUCAAAGCCAAGUUGGACAAAAAGGCCACCGCUCCAGCUGUGCCGAAAGAUAAGCCUGAGAAAAAGACAAAAGAAGUAAAAGAAAGUGCAGUGUAUACAGCCAGUACUGCCCCGGGAGAAAAGAAAGACAUCACAGGAGACAUGCCCGAUGCAUACAGCCCCAAGUAUGUGGAGGCUGCCUGGUACGCAUGGUGGGAGAAACAGGGCUUCUUCAAACCAGAGUAUGGGAGAAAAUCAGUCCUAGAAGAGAAUCCAAAGGGCAAGUUUGUGAUGGUUAUCCCACCACCCAAUGUGACAGGAACUCUGCAUUUAGGACAUGCACUGACUAAUGCUGUUGAAGACGCUAUUACUAGGUGGCACAGAAUGAAUGGGCGCACCACGCUCUGGAACCCGGGCUGCGACCACGCCGGCAUCGCCACGCAGGUGGUGGUGGAGAAGAAGCUCUGGCGCGAGGAGAAGAAGACCAGGCAUGACCUCGGACGAGAGGAGUUCAUUAAGCGGGUGUGGGAGUGGAAGAACGAAAAAGGCGAAAGAAUCUACGAGCAGCUCCGCUCCCUAGGCUCUUCCUUCGACUGGUCGCGAGCUCGCUUCACCAUGGACCCGUCAAUGUGCCGCGCGGUCAACGAAGCGUUCGUCAGACUACACGACAGUGGCGACAUCUACCGAGCGAAUAGACUGGUCAACUGGUCCUGUACGCUGAAGUCUGCUAUUUCUGACAUUGAAGUGGAUAAAGUUGAUGUUACUGGACGCACGCUGUUUAGUAUCCCGGGCUAUGAGAAUAAGGUAGAAUUCGGCGUUCUCAUCCACUUCGCUUACAAGGUGAUAGGCACAGACGAGGAGAUAGUGGUGGCGACGACGCGCAUAGAAACAAUGUUGGGAGACACGGCCGUGGCGGUACACCCCGAGGACACACGAUACAAGCAUCUAGUGGGCCGGCUGUUGGCACAUCCCUUCUGUGCGAGGAAGAUACCGGUUAUAGCUGACUCGUAUGUGGAUCAGGCUUUUGGGACAGGUGCGGUGAAGAUAACUCCGGCGCACGACCCCAACGACUACGAGAUCGGCAAGCGCCACCAGCUGCCCUUCAUCACCAUCUUCGACGAUGAGGGGAAGAUUGUUGGUGACUGCGGACAGUUUGUUGGCAUGAAACGCUUCGACUGCCGCCGCGAGAUCAUCAAAGCUUUGGAAGCGAAGAAGCUGUACCGUGAGACUAAAGACAACCCCAUGGCGAUCCCGUUCUGCAGCCGCUCCAAGGACGUCGUGGAGCCGAUGCUGAAGCCGCAGUGGUACAUAAAAUGCGACAAGAUGGCCGCGGAAGCCAUAAAGGCCGUCCAAAGCGGAGAGCUCAAGAUAAUCCCGGACGUCCACGUGAAGAUAUGGAACCACUGGAUGGAAGGCAUCAGGGACUGGUGCAUCUCGCGCCAGUUGUGGUGGGGGCACCGCAUUCCGGCCUACAGGGUCAACGUGCCUAAGGAUGAGGAAACAGAAGUAGUGACAAAGACGGCACCAGCCCGCCGCCGCUCUCGCACCGGACGGAAGAAGUCAAACCGGAUCCGGAACCGACUGCCCCCCACUGUCACUGCCAAUAGGAGCGUCGCCGAGCUAGAAGAGUGCUGGAUCGCGGCGCACAACGAAGAGGAGGCGCGUAGUAAGGCCGCCAAGAAGUUCAACUUGUCGCCGGCAGAUAUCGUGCUGGAGCAAGAUGGCGAUGUGCUGGACACGUGGUUCUCGUCCGGACUGUUCCCGUUCGCUAUAUUCGGCUGGCCGGAUAAUACCGAGGACUUACAGGCGUUCUACCCGGGCACGCUGCUGGAGACUGGUCACGACAUCCUGUUCUUCUGGGUCGCCAGGAUGGUGUUCUUCGGACAACGGCUCAUGGGGAAACUGCCAUUCAAAGAAGUCUACCUCCACCCUAUGGUCCGCGACGCGCACGGGCGCAAGAUGUCCAAGUCUCUGGGCAACGUGGUGGACCCGCUCGACGUGAUCCGAGGCAUCUCGCUGGAGCAGCUCAGCGCCACGUUGCAGGAUUCGAACCUGGACCCGAAGGAGCUGAGCCGGGCUCUGGCGGGGCAGAAGGAGGACUUUCCGAAUGGGAUUCCGGAGUGCGGGACUGAUGCUUUGAGAUUCGCCCUAUGCGCCAUGACGCAGGGCCGGGACCUGAACCUGGACAUCCUGCGCGUGCAGGGCUACCGCUUCUUCUGCAACAAGCUGUGGAACGCCGCCAAGUUCGCGCUCAUGGACUUCCCACAGGACACCACUUAUGAGGCGUGGACCGGACCCCUACCAUCGUCUGUCUCGCUCGCCGACCGCUGGCUGCUCUCCAGAGCCGCUCAAGCCGUGGCCACAGUCAACACCGCGUUCCAACAGUACGACUUCCCAACAGCGACCUCUGCCUGCCAUAGCCUGUGGCUCUACGACGUCUGCGAUGUCUACUUGGAAUACCUCAAGCCGGUGUUCCAGUCCGGCACAGAUGGAGAGAAAGAGACGGCUAGACGCACUCUGUACACGGUACUGGAGUUAGGCCUCAAGCUGUUGAGUCCCUUCAUGCCUUUCGUCACUGAAGAGCUGUACCAGCGGCUGCCGAGGAAGAAUAGGGAGUGCCCGUCGAUAUGCGUGGCUAGCUAUCCUACUGAAUCCGACACACCAUGGAAAGACGAAGCUCUAGAGGCUGACUUCGCGACUGUACUCAAAAUGGUGCACCUCAUUCGCUCAACUCGCUCCGAGUACAACAUCGUCAAUAAACAAAAGACGACGACCCACCUCGUCAUAGCUAAAGACUUGGAUGAAGAGAAGCUGAGAGGGUUGUUUAGCAGUCUGCAGUCGCUGGCCAAUAGCGAGCUGGCGACCGGGGCGCCCCCUGCCGGCUGCUCCAUUCUCACUGUGUCCGACAAAAUUGAGAUUCAUUUGGUUUUGAAGGGCCUCAUCGAUCCCCAAAAGGAAAUAACGAAACUGGAAAAGAAGAAAGACCUCCUUACACAGACCAUAACCAAGCUAAACCAAGCAAUGGCGGCGGACGACUACACGACCAAGGUCCCGGCUGAUGUUCAGAAGAAUAACUCGGAAAAACUUACUCAAUCACAGGGCGAAAUAGAAAAACUUGAAGCUGCUAUCGAAAGAUUGAAACUUAUAUGAACAACUUAAUGAUGUAAAGAAAAUAGCGCCCUAUUUAUUUAUUGUUAAGAAACUGUUUUGAUAAAACUACCCUGUCGUCUUUUACAGCA